AAACAUAUGUUUACGUCCACUUUUCGGAUAAAAUUGCACAAUAGUUUGCAUUAAUUCCUUCCGAUUCGGACACGAGCAUGUGGUUUCCGUACAGGAAACCCAUAACUGCAUAGUAAAAUUUUGUGAUAAAAGAAAGAUCAAGAUAUUUUAUAAACUAUGGCUUCGAAGACUGAAAAUGUUGCUGCUAAAACAGUGAAAAUUUACGAUUUGGACAACUUUGAGAAUUUGCUCAAGGGUCUAAAAGUUGCGUCUUGCAUGCUUACAGAGUCUCAUCAAGUUGUUGACGAAGCAAGUGUGAUCAAACGCCUCAAUGCACUGAGCCUCACCGGGCCUUCUGAUGGCAACUGUUGUUCGUGCUGCGGCGUGGGCCCCUUCGAGAGUCGUCUACAACAAACGGCACACUACAAAAAUCAUUGGCACACGCACAACCUGAAGAGGAAACUGUUUGGAAAAUCACCACUUACAUUGGGACAGUUUAGUUCAAGACAAGAUGACAAUUCCAGCGUCUCCGGCAGUGACUCAGAAACAGAGGGUGCUAGCAACGGCCCCGCUAGUGAUCUGUUUGCUGCGGCUACUCGGCACUGCAAGGCCUUUUUUACUAACAGCAAGGGACAAGUGUUCUGUAUCUAUAGGUGUUUGCUGCAUCAUAGAAAGGAGGAACUAUCAACAGACGGCGACGGCAGCGCCUGGAUCGAGCGCUGCUCGCGCCUCCUCGUCCCGGGCUUCCAGCGCUGGGCCGUCUUCAUGGUGUCCGGGGGACACUUCGCAGGCGCCAUCUUUUCCGGCGGCGUCGCUGUGUUGCAUAAAACGCAUCAUUCUUACGUGACGCGGCGUGGACAAGGUCAGGCGCAAGCAUCGCGCGAUCAGCACGGAAGCGCGCCCAAGUCGGCUGGUGCGAGUUUGAGGAGAUACAACCAGGCCGCGUUCUUAGAUCAUGUUCAAGAAAUAAUAACCGGCUGGACGGAAGACCUUAACGGGUGCUCCCACAUCCUUUACCGGGCCGUAGGACCCAUCAACCAAGGGGCCCUCUUCGGGAAGAAUUCGCCUUUGAGCAGGGAUGACCCUCGAGUCAGGGUACUGCCGUUCCCUACGAGGAAACCGACGUAUAAGGAGAUACAGAGGGUCCAUGAGACGGUGACUAGUCUGGAAGUGUAUGACACAAUGGAGCUAUUCCAGAAAGCACUAAUAGCGUCGACCACCAAGCUGCCGACUAAAAUCGGCUCCGAUACUAGUGUAGAACGCAAAAAACCACAGAAGAGCCCCAAUAAACCUAUCGACAGGGCGAAGUCGAGGGAACGUGCCCCCCGCCCCCUCCCCACGCAAGUUAUGUCCAGUGAGGACGAGGGUCCCUGCUACAUAGACUCGGAGACCCCGGCCAACUGGAUCAAGACCCUCUCGGAACAGACCUCCAAAGGUCAUAUCACAAACUCCCGUAAAGACUUAAUAGACGAUAUCGUGGUCGCCCGACCGCUCAGUUCUGAUAGCGAAGACCAGGGCCCGAUGGAAAAGAAGGAGGUUAAGAAGAGAAAGAAGAAGAAAGAAGAUAGAGGAGACAAGGGGGAGAAAGGGGAGAAGAAGCCUCAGGCAACGAAGAUUCCUAAUAAUGUGAAAAGGAUGUGGAAGAUAAUAUCAGGCGACGAGAUCUCCCUAGAGACUAUUCUAGAGAGUUGCGAGGGGUCUUUGGAAGAGGCCUGUAACACGAGGGACCCUACCGACGGCAAUACAGCGCUGCAUAAGGCCGCUAUAGCAGCCAAACCGGAGAUGGUCACUCAAAUCCUAACCGCGGGCGGUGACCCCUGCAUCAAGAACAAUCAACUACAGACCCCAUAUGCAGCCUCGCCCCAUAACGACACUCGAAUAGCUUUCAGGCUAUUUCAGGCACAACAUCCAGAUAAAUACAACUACGCUAAGUCUCAAAUCCCCGGCCCGCUUACCCCCGAGCUCAUAGAACAAGAGAAAGAGAAGAAAGCACAGCAGAAGAAGGCCAAACGGCAGAGAGAGAAGGAGAAGAUGGCUGAGAAGAACAAGACCAGCAAGUUCUUGCAGAUGACUGAUGCCGAGAAGGUAAAAGCCGAUCAGCCUCGCUGUUUCCUCUGCGGGAUGCAGCUACCGAAGAAACCGUUCGAAUACGAGUCGUACAAGUUUUGCACUAUAAAGUGUUUGCAGAAUCAUAGGAACAUCAGGCCUUUGCAUAUGAGUGCUUAAGGUGAAUUUUAAUAUUUAUGAGGUCAAGACACUAUCAGCCAUAAUGACAUUACUAUUGACACUGUCAA